AGCGGAGAGAGCGGGCAGAGGGGGCACAGCGGGCAGAGCGGGCACAGCGGGCACAGCGGGCAGAGGGGGCACAGCGGGCACAGCGGGCACAGCGGGCCGGGCUGCCGGGCCGGGGCUCCCGUCGGGCGCGGCGCGGCCACGUGCAGCCCCGCGCGCUCCCACGGCUCGGCCCAGCCGUGACGUGUCGGGGUGGAGGCGCGCGCCGCCCGCCGAUUGGGCGGUGUCGGCGGCGCGGGGCGGUGGCCGCCCAAUGGGCGCGGGGCGCGCAGGUGCCCGCGCGGUUAUCUGCGCGCGGGGCGCGGCGCGGAGCGUCCCCGCGGCCGCCGGACACGCGGCCGGGGCGACGCGCGGAGCUGCGGGUCCCGCAUCCCCCUCCCGCCGGAUCGCGCGUGGAGCGCAUCGCCCGUAGUCCGCCGGGACGCGCCGCCGGUGGGGGCUCUUUCUCGCGGGACUCUCGGUCUGUUGUUUCGCAGUGCUGCCCCGCCUCGGCUUUCGCCGCUCUUCAGCCUGGACUUUGGAGGUGAGCGCCGCGGGAGCCGGCGGGCAAGCGCCGGGAUUUUCCUGUUCCCAGCUAACUUCGGCGCCUGCUGCCGCUGAGAUCCCGCUCCCGGCGAGGAGCUCGUCCUGCCCGCGGCCGCGCUCCCGGCGAGGGUCCGCAGCGGAGCGGCCGCGGCACAGUUGGGAAGGACCCACGCUCGCUGAUGCCCGCAGAUGUUAGCGGUGGGACAGAUGGAUGCUAAUCGCCAGAGCGCAUUCGUCCUUAGCAGUGCGCCGCUAGCCGCGCUGCACAACAUGGCCGAGAUGAAGACCUCCCUGUUCCCCUACGCCCUGCAGAACCCCUCCGGUUUCAAGGCGCCGGCCCUGGGCGGACUCAACACGCAGCUCCCCUUGGGGACACCGCACGGAAUAAGCGACAUCCUGGGGCGGCCCGUGGGCAGUGCCAGCAACCUGCUAGGCGGGCUGCCCCGCAUCAACGGGCUGGCGGCCUCGGCCGGGAUGUACUUCAGCCCCGCUGCCGUCUCCCGCUACCCGAAGCCUCUGGCGGAGCUGCCGGGACGGCCGCCCAUUUUCUGGCCGGGAGUGGUGCAAGGCUCUCCCUGGAGAGAUCCCCGGCUCGCCUGUCCCGGUAAGUGCCGCCGGUUCUUGCAGGGCGCGGUGAGCAAGCGGCCUGGCCUCAAGAGCCGGGGCGGCCCCAAGGCGGCGGACGAGCGCGGUGGACGGGGCGGGCGGCAGGAAGGCCCGGUGCGGGUCGCUCGGUCCUCAUGGCACCCGGUCCGUCCCGGAGCGAGCCCUGCUCUAGGGCGGGCGGACACCCCAAGCGGCUCCGCAGCGCCUGGCGGGGCCCGGCUGCGGGCCGGGGGCAGUGCAGAGUUCAUCCCUGACGCAGCUCUUUCUCCGCUUCCAGCUCAGACAGGGAUGGUUUUGGACAAGGACGGCAAGAAGAAACACUCUCGACCGACUUUCUCUGGGCAGCAGAUAUUCGCUUUAGAGAAAACCUUCGAACAGACGAAAUACUUGGCAGGACCGGAGCGCGCCCGGCUCGCCUACUCCCUGGGGAUGACUGAGAGCCAGGUGAAGGUUUGGUUCCAGAACAGACGGACCAAGUGGCGGAAGAGACACGCGGCAGAGAUGGCCUCGGCAAAGAAGAAGCACGACUCGGAGACGGAGAAGCUGAAGGAGAGCUCGGACAAUGAGGACGAUGACGAAUACAACAAGCCCCUGGACCCCAACUCAGACGAUGAAAAAAUCACGAGGCUAUUGAAAAAGCACAAAUCCACGAACCUGUCCCUCGUCAGCCCCUGCAGCACCAGCUCGGAUACGUUGUGAGGGCGAGGGGCCGACAGCUGCACCGGGCAGCGCGGCGGGGGUGAGUGUAACUGGGUGUUUGAAGUGGUGUGUUGUACAGCCUAAGAUGUAUGUGAAAUGUAUAUAUUUUUUACAAAAUAAGUUAUGAAUUUAUUUUCUUUCGCAUCGAUGUAAAUUUCAGAGAAAUUUUUUCAACUUUUUGGGUUUUGUGUCCCCUUAAGGUUUCCUGCUCUGUCCUUUAGCCUUCCUGUUAAUUUCCUGCUCCUAACAAUCAGGUUUUGUUACAUUUUCUAUGGGUCCUAAGUCCAAGCUCAGCCACUUUGUAUAUAGUAAAUUUCAGAUUUUGUGAUGUAUAUUUCUAGUGUAAAAACGGCAGUUUUCUUUCACUCCGUCCCUCAGUAUUUUGGCAGUUUCAUUUCUCCUGCCUCUGGAUUUUAUGCUUAAUAAUACCAAAAAAACCAAACCAAUGACCCAAAAAAGCACGAGAGGAAAAAUGGACGCUUAAUUUUACAUUAGAAUGUCUCCACACGUGUUGGAAAGACUUUGUAUAAAUCAAUAAAUUAUUUAACAACCUUCUCCUUUAGCGACUUUCUUUCCCGCAUUUCUGUGCCAGGGGCCGGGGACACCAGAGCUUCUGCAGGGCUCCCGAUGCUGCUCCGCACGGGAACGGAGCCGCUGCGUCCGGGGCCCGGCGGGCCGAGCCGGGAGAGCCGCGGCCGCUGUGGCACGGCCGGCGGCAGCGGGCACUGGCGCCUGGGAAGCCGCGCUGUGGCACUGCCUGACAGCCCCGGCGAGGAGAGCGACUCGGGGCUGAACGUGCAGCCCGAACCUCCCGUGCAGCGUUUCGGCGGCUUCGGGCGGGUGAUGGGGUCCGCGACACAUGGCCUUGCCCUGCCUGAGUACCGGCCGCUGCAAAAUCCCGGGGGCGAAACUGGAGAUCCGCGGCGGCGGCCUGCGUGCUGCACCACCCUCCCGCGCCUUCGGGCCGUGCCUCGGCCCCGCACCUGCGGCCGCACCCGUACCCGAGCCGGUUCCGCGGCCGCCAAGGCGCUCCCAGCCUCCCGGGACUCCGCAUUUCUCCCCUUGGCACACCCGAGUCCGGGUGUGUGUGAGCCGCCCGCGUUGUUAAGAUGCUUUUUUGCCGCUCUUUUUUUUUUUUUUUUUUUUUUUUUUUUUUUUUUUUUUUUUUUCUCCCCUUUUAAGGAACAAUGUCUCUGCUAUGGCACAAUUUCCCGGUGUCUCUGCUAUGGCUUCGCAACCCGAGCAAAGGCAGCGGCUGCCCCGCGGGCGCUCCUGCUGCCCCUGCCUAGCAGCCAGCGUCCGGUGCGGGACAAGCGCCUCCAGCACCGCAGGCCCCCGUUCUGCAUCCACUUCCGCAGCGCUGGGCCGAGCGGGCCCGCCCCGGCUGCCCGCACCGCGGAGCGCCGCGCCGGGCCCGCUGCUCGCCCGCUCUCGGUGCCGAGGCCCGCACGGCGCCACCGCGGCACCACACGGCCCGCGGCUCUGCUGCGGAACGGGGCCCGUGCUGUGCCCUGCAGCCACGCCCGGGGCCCGCUACCCCCGCUCACUGUGACUGAUUCACCUUCGCUUCUGCCGGGCCAGCUCCGCGUCCCGGGGAGGGCGGGGAGUCCCAGAGGUCCAACUGAACGGGGCCGCGCCCAGUUCUGCCCCGGUCACAGAGGGAAUAAAUGGAGUUUAGGGUCUAGUCUUCGUCCGGCUGUGAGCACGCUGAGGCCGGGCCGCUGUUCGGGCUCCUGAGGGGAAGUGGCUGCAUAAGAACACCUGCGCUCGAGGCUAAUCAUUCCCACCUGCCCCUUCCCAAAGUUCUUACGCGAAAUGAGCUCGGAGGGGGCGUUACGGGAGAAGGGGGCUCCGAAGCACGGCAGGACUGAGAGCUCGGAGCCACAGCCCUGGGCAGAGCGGGAGCUGACACUCCCCGUCCCCAUCCUGCUGUCCCGGGGCUGCGGCGGGGUGUCCGCCGGGAUCGGCCCGGCUCGGCUCACCCCGCGUCCCCGGAUUCGCCUCCGGGGCUGUUAAAAUGCGAAAGCUGCGUUUUAUGAAUUUCUGAGGGUUCAGUUCGGGGCAGGUCACCGGUGCACCCUGCACCGCCGGGGAGGUUCGGACGGCCCGCGCUCGGAGGCUACAGCGAAUUCCCCUGUACUUGGCCUUCGGCCCUGCUGGAAAAGGCUAGAGAGGUUUCCCCUGACACUUGCGACAAUCACGAAGGAGUUUAUUGUGGCACAUUUACUGACCUGCUGCGGACUAGCACCUUGUGAACAGCUCAUAAAGCUGCAUCACCUUCCUCUCAUCAGCGCUCCCAUACCAGCUCCUCAGUGCCUUCUACUCGGUUUGUAUUGUGUUUUGAUUAACACCGGAACUGCAUUCUAUCACAAAGGUUUUCAUGUGAAAAAGACGCUUGUUAAUUGUCAGAUUAAAAGAAUCUCAAUAAGAAAUGUGACAAUUUAAUAAUUUCCCCGAAAUCACCAAAUUAAAGGGGCAGACACAGCCACGUUCACCAUGAUUAGUUUUAUUGCUUGAGAACCAGAGUACUCAUUUCUAAAGGCCUUCAGAGUUACCAUGAGUUGAGUUCGCUUAAAUAGAAUUACUGUGUGGUUAUAAUGCAACAUGGCACAGUAACAAUACAGAGCUGCAGACACCCUUUGGGCAACAAUAUUUGCUAUAAACUGGGUUGUACUGUUGAGAAAACUCUGCAAGCGGACAUCAAAUCAUUUCCAAUGGUAGUGAUUUAUACCAAAAUCAAGCAUCAAUCUAAUGCCAUCGCGCAGUCCAUGAACUCUGUAGUGUUCUAAAUUAAAUCAAUAAAACAUACAUUUGUGUUUCAUCAACAGACUCCCUAAUCACCUUUUAAUGUUGUAUUUAGUGGUGGGAGGAAAAUGUCUGUAACAAGACUAUAUUGUAGACUGCACUGAACUAUUAACCAGGAAAAUUUACAGUUGGGCUGAUGGUUGGGUUUUUUUUUCUUUAAUACUGUAUAAAUACAGUCUGUGUCCAAUACAGUUGCUACUUGAAGCAGACUAUUAUUUUCUUCUCCCGUGUUGUUAUUGUUUCAAUAUAGAAUAUGGCACCAUAAAACAGUAACAAAAGACGGACAAAAACAGUUUACAAAAUUCUCGAAAGUUACACCCAAACCUAGCUAAGAACUUCACAUUCAAUCCUUAAUAUUACAUAGAAAGAAGAGAUUAUAGGAGUAACAAAGUGAAACUGCUAAUAUAUGUGCUAUAUAGUAUGCUAUAUAUCUGUAUCCAGCAUGGCACUGCUAUAUAUUAUUUAUUAUAUAACUGUUGGUUGUUGAUGUACACUUAACUAAACCUGCUAAGACUCCAAUACUUACUGCUGAUAUGGCACUCUCAAGCAUUCAUAUUGGAAAGUAUAUUUAGCAUAAGUUUUGGUCAGGUUUAUAAAUUAUUUAUAUAUCUGUGUAUAUAUACACAUACAUACAUACAUAUAUACACACAUAUAUAUAUGUAUGUAUAGAAAGCAGCUGCUGUGUGAUUCAAAAGCCAUGUUACAUGGCAAUAUAGUAAAUAAAAUGAGAAAAAAAUUUAAAAAAUGAAAA